AACAGGCUUCCCCACAAGCCCUCCCGGGUUCGGACAUGAAUUCCAGCUACUUGCUGAGUCCCACUGCCACUGCCAAGAGCCAGGGGAGCACUGAGGAAUAGCCACUCAGGAGCAGCCAACGUUUGGGUCCACCAUGAACUGGGGGAUCUUUGAGGGGAUCCUGAGUGGGGUCAACAAAUACUCCACAGCCUUUGGGCGCAUCUGGCUGUCCCUGGUUUUCAUUUUCCGGGUGCUGGUGUACCUGGUGACGGCCGAGCGCGUGUGGAGUGACGACCACAAGGACUUCGACUGCAACACCCGCCAGCCCGGGUGCUCCAACGUCUGCUUCGACGAGUUCUUCCCCGUGUCCCACGUGCGCCUCUGGGCCCUGCAGCUCAUCCUGGUCACGUGCCCCUCACUGCUCGUGGUGAUGCAUGUGGCCUACCGCAAGGCUCGAGAGAAGAAGUACCAAGAGGCCAGUGGGGAGAGCGGUGAGCACAUCUACCUGGACCCUGGCAAGAAGCGGGGUGGGCUCUGGUGGACAUACGUCUGCAGCCUGGUGUUCAAGGCUGGGGUGGACACCGCCUUCCUCUAUGUGUUCCACUCUUUCUACCCCCAAUACACCCUCCCUCCCGUGGUCAAGUGCAACGCAACUCCGUGUGGCAAUAUAGUGGACUGCUUCAUCUCCAAGCCGUCCGAGAAGAACAUCUUCACCCUCUUCAUGGUGGUCACGGCCGCCAUCUGCAUCCUGCUCAACCUCGUGGAGCUGACCUACCUGGUGGGCAAGAGGUGCCGUGAGUGCCGGGCAGUGAGACGUGCCCAUACCACGUGCUUGGGGCAUCACCUGCACUGGGCUGCCUCUCCCUGCAAACAGGACGACCUCCUCUCAGGCGACCUCAUCUUCCUGGGCUGUUACACUCCUCCUCCUCUCCUACCAGACCGCCCUCGAGACUACGUGACGAGAACCGUCCUGUGA